UAGGCUAUGCAAUAACAUGCAUUUGAGGGCUUUGAACAUGACGUAUGUAGCUUCUAGUUUAAUGGAUUUUCAAACGUCUUUCGCUAAGCCAUCUAUAGUUGUGUCUGCAUAUGUAGAAGCUUCAAAAACCAGCAAUAAAGCUAAAUACACGUGUUAUAAGAAUAAAAGUACAUACAUUAUGGAUUCAUGCUAAUAGUCGAAGGCACCUAAAACAUGGCCUGUAGUCAGGAAUUAGGAGGCGAAAAUUACGCAAAACUUUGUCAGAUACAGGCAGUAGUCGUAGAAGUUUUAAAAGCUCUUCUAGUUAAAGAGACUAGUACCAACGGAAACACGAUUGAUCAGCUUAUGUUCGCCCAGAAGAGAAAGAUACUUUCAUCUGAUAUUGGGAGGCGUUUCAGUAGCGUUCUGUUUCCGCAAGGAAAUCAAGCCACGGAUCUGGACGAUUGGGAUCUCACAUUGUUCUGUUUCAUUCUAAGAUCCGUAUGUACGUUGCCUCCUACACAAGACUGCGAUGUGAAUGAUGUACGUUUAACGAGAAAUGCAAUUCAUCAUUUACCAAAGCCAAUUAUUAGUGAUAGGGACUAUCUAAAAUUUGCGAACGUCUUUAAGACAUUCAUUGCAAAUGCGUUGAAUUAUCUGAAUGAUCAACACUUGAAGGCAGAAAUCAACCAGCAAGUAGACGAGGCUGAGCGACCAGUUAGCAAACAGGUUAUAAAAGCAUUCGACGUUGCCCACAAAUUAUAUUUGAAAGAUAAAUCCAUCUUUGAAGAUCUGAAAGAACACACGAACGGAAACACCAACGAAAUACGUGAAGACUUGAAAGAUCUUAAAGCUGUUCUGAGUACUUUGCCAAAGGAAUUCAUGUCGCUGUUAAAUCCGCCAGGAGAGGUAAGCUUUAAGCUAUUGCUACGAAACUGCAGUCCUAAAGCUGAAAGCGAAAUCUCGGAAGAAUUAGUGAGACUAUUCGAAGAGGAGAUUGGGCGUACUGAAGGUCUCAGCUUUUCUGAUGAUGUGAGCACACAGCUUAAUGAUGCUGUGAGGACAAUUCUUAAGCGUCUUCAAAACAAAGGAGCUGACCCAACACACGCUACAAACGGAUGCGUGUGUAUAUUCGUUCGCUUCAAUGAUUUUACAUCGUACAUGGAUUUUUUGGAAGAUACAGUCGAUGGAAAAUUAAUUGAAAUUGCAACUCAGCUGCAAACUUCUCUACGGCGCUGUUAUGAAAAUGACGAUUUAAAAGUAGAGAUAGCCAUGAAUUCUGAGCAAAUGUCAUUUUGCUUUGAAGAUACACUGGAAUGUUUGAAAAAUGUAUGUGCAAAGAUCAAUAGCGCGGAAAAACAUUCUAAAAAAGUUGGUCUUAACAUGGAUCUAUCAGGUCCUUCCAAAUUCACAGAGUCAGAUAUGAUAAUGUCAACAUUUGAGUCUGAACUUCACAAAAUGAGUGAUUUAUACCUCUCUAGUGGUGAGGAAGAGAAAUGUCAACAAGCUCUGAAAUCCGCCAUAGCCAAGUUAGCUAUAAGCGACAUUUGCAUAGACGAACGUACAGAGCAGCUGAAACCUGCCAACAGGGAUGUGUUGUCACUAUUAAAAAGCUUGCAAGUUGACGAGAUUAUUAAGCAGACAGAGUACGAUUGUGAAGAUAUCUUCGUGUUUGAUCAAAUUGACGAGGACAAAUAUCAAUAUCGAUAUGAACCGGAAUUAAUAAAUAAAGUUGUGACAGCUAUUGUGAAAUUAAGAGACGAUGCUCUGUUGAUGCAGGAGUCAGUGAUAGCUGAAAAAAACAAGAGAUUUGGUUCGUAUGGAACGAGGAAUUCGUCAUUAUCAUUGACAGGGGAUGCUCGUAGGUUACCAGUGUUACCAGUGGUACUAGUGGUAACGUUCGUAAUAACUUUUCUGGCAAUAACGGUGCCGGUGUUUACCCAGUCAAAAACUCCUGGAAAGAUGGAGGCUGCAGAUACAAUUAAGAAGUCUUUAUUAUUGAUUGGGUUGAUGAUUGUGGUGAUGAUUGCGAAAAAGAUUUUGGCGAUUACAACUUCGUUCUUAGGCCUCGUCGGUUUUCGAGACUUUUUCAUGAAAAGGUCAGUGUCUGGAUUUGAACACCGAGAAAUGAAAGCCAAAGCAGAAAUAGGUUCGUAUGGAACGAGGAAUUCGUCAUUAUCAUUGACAGGGGAUGCUCGUAGGUUACCAGUGUUACCAGUGGUACUAGUGGUAACGUUCGUAAUAACUUUUCUGGCAAUAACGGUGCCGGUGUUUACCCAGUCAAAAACUCCUGGAAAGAUGGAGGCUGCAGAUACAAUUAAGAAGUCUUUAUUAUUGAUUGGGUUGAUGAUUGUGGUGAUGAUUGCGAAAAAGAUUUUGGCGAUUACAACUUCGUUCUUAGGCCUCGUCGGUUUUCGAGACUUUUUCAUGAAAAGGUCAGUGUCUGGAUUUGAACACCGAGAAAUGAAAGCCAAAGCAGAAAUAGUUUCGUGUGGAACGAGGGAUUCAUUGACGGGGGAUGCUCGUAGGUUACCAGUGUUACCAAUGGUACUAUUGGUAACGUUCGUAACAACUCUGGCAAUGAUGGUGCAUGUGUUUACCAAGUCAAAAACUCCUGGAAAGAUGGAGGCUGCAGAUACAAUUAAGAAGUCUUUAUUAUUGAUUGGGUUAAUGAUUGUGUUUAUGAUUGGGUUGAUGAUUGGGGCGAUGAUUGGGAAAAAGAUUUUGGCGAUUACAACUUCGUUCUUAGGCCUCGUCAGUUUUCGAGACUUUUUCAUGAAAAGGUCAGUGUCUGGAUUUGAACACCGAGAAAUGAAAGCCAAAGCAGAAAUAGGGCAAAUGAAAGAUCCCUACUCGUUUUACCAAAUAAUGGAUUCUGAGUUUUCGACCUUCGUGAGUUACGUCGACAAGUUGUACGAUACGCUUCAGGACGUCAAGAAUAGUAUAGGUAUGCCGAUGUCAUAUUUCAACUGCAUAUAUACUGAGAAAAAGGCAAAACGGCGAUUGGAGGAUGUGACGAUGAGUUGGGAGGCACUGAAAGAACUAGCUACAUCUCCCAGUGGCAAGGUCAAAAUAAUCCGUUAGAAUAUAUCAAAUGGACGACAUUGUGUUGUUGUUGUUAGUGUUCUCAUCAAUAGUUUUAUUGACAUGAUAUUUGAAUCAUAAGGAUAUUUUAUCCAUCAUCAGUUGGAAAACAUUACAUAUUAAACAAAUGUUGUUUGUUUUUUUUUUUUUUUUAUUAGUGAAUAGCUUGCUCAUUAAGGUAUUUAUUUGGCUUUUUUUCAGACUCAUGUAAAAAAUUAUUUAGAUAACUUUUUCUUAUGUCCAACACCUCAUGUAUUGUUCAUGUCUUCUAAAGUGAUAUAUGUCUUUUAAAUGCUUGCGUAUACUGCUUUUCAAAAGUCAGUGUGAUAUAGAAUUUGGUCAAAUGAAUAGAACGAACAUUUAUUUUAAUUUUGGCAAUUUUGUUCUGUUUUCAAAUUUAAAAAAUAAAGGUUUUGCUUUAAUGAGGAUAACACAAAUAAUGCGAAAUGUUCUAUUUUAUUUUCUAAUCAUCUUGCUGUUUUAUAAGAGUGCAGAUUUCCGAAUGCAUGUGUAUUAAAAUUGAUGGUGUUAAGUUGGUUUAGUCUUAUUAGUCACGUUUUGCUCGAUAGUGAAUGUUAUUAUAGUAUAUUACUAGAUGUAUACACCUGUUUUAAUUUAAUUUUAUUUUUAAGAUUUGCAUAAUUGGAUAUCGAUUAAGUAAAGUUUUAUUCUGUUUCCAAUUAUCUUCUGAGGUAAAUGUUACAUUUUCUAAAAUUCAAUCAUAGGAAAUGUGCAUUGUAACAACAAUCAUAGUUUUUUUAUGUCACAUUUCAAAUGAAUUAAGAAUAAAUUUAUAAACAGGAGACACAAUUAAAAUCAAUUUGCUUAGUUGUUUAAAUAGCUGCAUUAUAGGUGUAUGUUAUUGCUUGAAUACAUCGUGUAUAUUACCAUACAUUGUAUCAUUUUUAUGUUGCCAUUUCUCACAUAAAGUUGGUAUUAACCGAUAUGUUCUCAUUAUCCCAAAAGUAGAAAUAUUAUUAUGUUUUACUUUCAUGUAUAGAAGUAUUUUAGGUAUAAACUGUUGUUGACCUAUAUAAAUCCAUAUCCAAAAAAUAUUUUAACCAAAGAAAGCUUCAUAUUAAUACAAUUAAUUAAGAAAUGGUAGCUUAACUAUGUAUUUUAAGGUAUCGUAAUAAAAAUGCCAAGGUUUUAAUAAGUUUGAAUAUAGUAGUGACGUUCUUAAUUGAAUCAAAGAUAUAUCAGCUGAUUUACACAGUUUGCAUGAUACUCCUUUAGUCCCAUCAAUGACAAAACGCGUUCUCUUGCGUUGUAAUCGUCCUUGCUUUUUAAGUUGUGCUAGUUCAAACUCACGCUGUAUUGCUAUUCUUUGAGGAAAUAUUCGUGAUGCAUUGGUUAACAAUAUUUGUCUAGGUAACCUUGGCAAUAAUGUUGUUUUUGAUGUGCAGCUGUGCUCCAGAAAUAUAACGUUUAUCAAUAUGUAUGGUCCAAAUAAUGACUCACCAGCUUUUUAUGGAAACUUGUUUAGGGCUGUCGGAAUUUGUUAUUAACAAAAAUGAAUGUAGUUGAUCAUAAUGUAUGUUCAUAUUGUAAAACUAAAAUUGAUCCUUCAACCAUCUAUUCUAAAAAUGCUCAUCUAAUAGUAACACUGUUUUUAGAAGAUUAAGAAAAUAUGUUGAUACUUACAUUAUUUUCACAUUUUGUUACAUAAAUUGCAAUAACAAUAGUUUAAAUAUUUUAGUUGUUUGAAUGAGAAGAUAUACGUUUUGUACCUUUAACAAAUGGAUUGAAAGCAGUUCUUAAAUUAUGCUUAUCUUUUUUGAGCAAACAAAUUUGAUAACACAAAAAGGUCAUGUUCAUUCAAGGAGUUUUUAAUAAAACCUAAGUAAAACUCAAAUAUAACAUAUUUUUGUUUAAAUAUGUUUAGCAAAAUACAAAAACGAUUAUUCAAGUAGGAUGCAUAAUAUACCCACCUUUUUUAUAACUUUUGUUCUCCUCUACACGUUGAACAUUAUAAAUGUUUGAUCUGUCCUUGCUUUGGAAAGGUGUCUCUUUUGUUUUAUGAUUUUGUAAGCAUCUUAAUCAUUAUUUUCUAUGAUAUGUUUUGUUUUUCAAUCAAUAACUAAUCUAAUUUUAUGAUCAAAUAGUUGUAACAAUAUACUUGUAUAUGCAACAUAUGAAAAAAUAAAAUAUGUUUGUGACCUUA